AUGCCCACGGCUUGGAGGAGGAGGGCUUGCUUACCCUCCCUCAGACUCCGAGAGGUGGCAUCCAUGUACUGCACCAUGAUUGGGGUCUUCUUUAUCAUACUGGUGGCUGCUCUCCAGGGCACGACUCCCCGAGAAAAUGUUUUCCCCUUCAAGGUACCUCUGGAUCCCAAAGGGCUCCUGGAACUGUCAUGGAACAUUAGCUACCGGGAGGAGUUGAUUCACUUCCAGCUUUUGGUUAAGGAUCUGAAGUUUGGGGUGGCCUUUGGGAUGUCGGACAGGGGCCAGUUUGAGAACGCCGAUCUAGCCGUGCUCUGGAGCGAUGGCCGCAAUUCCUUCUUUGGGGAUGCUUGGACCGAUGAGAAAGGACAGAUGCACUUGGAUUCCCAACAGGAUUACCAACUUCUGGAAGCUCAGAAAACCCCCGAAGGCCUCUACCUCCUUUUCAAAAGGGCUUUCAGCACUUGCGAUCCAAAGGAUUAUCUGAUUGAGGACGACACUGUUCACUUGAUAUAUGCCUUCCUGGAAGAGCCAUCUCACACCCUUGAAGCCAUCAACACCAGUGCCCUGCAGAAGGGGCUUCAGAGAGUGCAGCUGUUGAAACCUAACAUUACCAUCCCCAAACUGCCGGCUGACAUGGACACCAUGGAGAUACGGGCUCCGGAUGUUGUCAUUCCCAACCAAGAGACUACCUACUGGUGCUACAUGACAAAGUUACAAGAUGACUUCCCCAGGCAUCAUAUUGUUAUGUAUGAGCCAGUCAUCACUGAAGGCAAUGAGGCGCUGGUUCACCACAUGGAGAUCUUCCAGUGUGUCCCAGGGUUGACUAAAUUACCCGACUUUAAUGGGCCCUGUGACUCCAAGAUGAAGCCUGAGGGACUGAACUACUGCAGACACGUAUUGGCUGCUUGGGCCUUGGGAGCCAAAGCAUUUUACUAUCCUGAGGAAGCUGGACUUGCUUUUGGGGGUCCCGGAUCCUCAAAAUAUUUGCGCCUUGAAGUUCACUAUCACAAUCCCCUAGAGUUAAAAGGCCGGAGGGACUCCUCGGGGAUCCGUCUGCAUUACACGGCCACUCUGAGGCCUUUCGAUGCUGGUAUCAUGGAGCUCGGCUUGGUCUAUACACCUGUCAUGGCCAUCCCGCCCAGAGAGGAGGCCUUCAUCCUGACGGGUUAUUGCACCGACAAGUGUACCCAGAGGGCUCUACCCGCUUCUGGGAUCCACAUCUUUGCCUCCCAGCUCCAUACUCACCUGACGGGGAGGAAAGUAAUCACAGUUUUAGCCCGAGAUGGCAGAGAAAAGGAAAUUGUGAAUGCCGAUCAUCACUACAGUCCUCACUUUCAAGAAAUCCGCAUGCUGAAGAAAGUUGUGUCUGUUCUUCCGGGGGACGUGCUCAUCACAUCCUGUACAUACAACACAGAAGACAGGGACCAGGCCACUGUGGGCGGGUUUGGCAUCAUGGAAGAAAUGUGCGUGAAUUAUAUACAUUAUUACCCCCAGAGUCCGCUGGAACUAUGCAAGAGUGCCGUGGACACAGGCUACCUGCAAAAAUACUUCCACCUGGUGAACAGGUUUAACAAUGAGGAUGUCUGCACAUGCCCUCAGGCUUCUGUCCCCCAGCAGUUUUCUUCGGUCCCUUGGAAUCCAUUCAACCGUGAUGUGCUCAAGUCUCUAUAUGACUUCGCUCCCAUCUCCAUGCACUGCAACAAGUCCUCAGCGAUUCGGUUCCCAGGUGAAUGGGAAAGACAACCAAUUCCAGAGAUCACCAGGAAACUGGAGAAUCCAGCCCCUCACUGUCCACCUGCUAUGGGCCUGCCCCCCUCAGCUCCAGCACUGGUCAAGUUUGAUGGAAAAAAAGUUAAGUGA